CCAACCAGUAAAUUGCCGAGAACCUGCGAAGAUGGCUGUCACGACCGUCAAUCGUGCGAAGCUAGCCUCGAAGCGGACGACCGCAGAGCAAGCUAUCGCAGGCAUCGAUGUCAAGGGCAAGGUGGCUGUCGUGACCGGUGGCUCCUCCGGCAUCGGUGUGGAGACUUGCCGCACCCUGGCGCUCCACGGGGCCAAGGUGUAUCUGGGAGCGCGCUCGGCGGAGGCGGGUCAGGCGGUGAUCGACAGCAUCAGGCGCGACGCGGGCGAGGCGGGCUCCGGCCUGCAGCUACAGCUGCUGGUGUUAGACCUGUCCGAGCUGGCCAGUGUGCGGCGGGCGGCGGAGCAGGUUCUCGCGGCGGAGGCGGCUGGGGAGGCUGCGGCGGGCGUGCAGCUGCUCAUCCUGAACGCGGGCGUCAUGGCGUGCCCGCUCAUGCACACCCAGGACGGCUUGGAGUUGCAGACGGGCGUCAACCACGUCGCCCACUUCUACCUCACACAGCUGCUGCUGCCGGCCAUCAAGCCCGGCGCCGACGGCGCGCCGGCGCGAGUGGUGUCGGUGGCCUCCUCCGCGCACCAGUUUGCGCAGGGCAUGCCGAUGGACGAUCUGAACUGGGAGAAGCGGUCGGUGGCCGGCAAGUACGGCCCGUGGCAGUCGUACGGGCAGAGCAAGGCCUGCAACGUGCUGUUCGGCCGGGAGCUGGCCAGGAGGAUGUCUGCUGAGGGCCGGCCGGUGCUGGCCUUCUCGCUGCACCCCGGCAUCAUCAUGACGGCCCUGCAGCGCCACCAGUCGGGCCUGGUCAAGGCGGCCAUCCGCUGGAUGACGGCGCCCUGGCAGAAGACCACGGCGCAGGUGGGUUGUGCAGGUGGCGUCGUGUCAUUAUUGGGGACGUGUUAACAAUGGGCGCGUUGGUGCAGGUGCGGGUGCAGGUAUGGGCACUGCGGACAGACUGCAAAUUCGGUGCACACGAGCCUGUAGGUUGGCUCAAAUGGGGCGUCGCAGGAUGGGCAUGUACAGGAGGUUGUGCUAACGGACGACGUUGAGCGUCGUUUACGCGGGUGGCGCCGUGGCGGGCGAUUCCAUCUUGGUCACGAGGGCGUGCUCAAGGCGUUUUACUUGCUGGCAAAUCCAGCGCAAAAUACACUCCAACUGUUGAACUUUAUCAAAGCUUCGUUCUUUCGCUGGCUU